GGGGCUCCCCCUGCCCGCGCCCCGGAGAUGAGGCGAAGAUGUCGGUGUCAGGGCUCAAGGCCGAGCUGAAGUUCCUGGAGUCCAUCUUCGACAAGAACCACGAGCGGUUCCGGAUCGUCAGCUGGAAGCUGGACGAGCUGCACUGCCAGUUCCUGCUGCUGCCGCCGGGCAGCCCGCACCCGCCGCCGCUCACCAUCCACUGCAAUAUCACGGAAUCCUAUCCGUCUUCAUCACCAAUAUGGUUUGUGGAAUCGGAUGACCCAAAUUUAGCAUCAGUUCUGGAACGUCUUGAAGACAUCAAAAAGAGCAACACCUUGCUUCUUCAGCAACUCAAGAGGUUAAUAUGUGACCUCUGCAGAUUAUACAACCUUCCUCAGCAUCCUGAUGUCGAGAUGCUUGAUCAGCCACUGCCUUCGGGUCAGAAUGGGACAACAGAUGAAGUUACUUCAGAAGAAGAGGAAGAAGAAGAUAUGGGUGAAGACAUUGAGGACUUAGAUCACUAUGACAUGGAGGAAGAAGAGCCUGUGGGCUCGAAGACGUCUGAGGAUGAAGGCAUUGAGAAGGAAGACCUGGCGACGUUAGAGAGGAUCAGGAGGAGUCAGAGGCAAGGCCGCCUCAAUGGUGCAGUGUCUGGGUCAGUACAGGCUUCAGACAGACUCAUGAAAGAGCUCAGGGAUAUAUAUCGAUCACAGAGUUAUAAAACAGGAAUUUAUUCAGUGGAGCUUGUAAAUGACAGCUUAUAUGAGUGGCAUGUUAAACUUCUCAAAGUUGAUCCUGACAGUCCAUUACAUCACGAUCUUCAGGUCUUAAAAGACAAAGAAGGUGUAGAAUACAUUUUGCUUAACUUUUCUUUUAAGGAUAACUUCCCUUUUGACCCGCCUUUUGUUCGUGUGGUGGCUCCUGUCCUCUCAGGAGGGUACGUGUUGGGUGGCGGUGCUUUAUGCAUGGAACUUCUCACAAAACAGGGCUGGAGUAGUGCCUAUUCAACAGAGUCGGUCAUCAUGCAGAUCAACGCCACUUUAGUCAAAGGAAAAGCCAGAGUACAGUUUGGAGCUAAUAAGAAUCAGUAUAAUCUAGCAAGAGCACAGCAGUCCUAUAAAUCCCUAGUACAGAUACAUGAGAAAAAUGGCUGGUACACACCUCCAAAGGAAGAUGGUUAAGUGGAUGAACCAUUCUUUGCCUGGACCGCUGUCACUAUAAUGAAAUUCUUGCCAGCAGACAGUAAGCUACAAGUGCCCCUAUAAACAGCCGUACAGAAGACUUUAGCUAUUAAAUUUGUUAGUGGAUAAAAUGUUAUUUGACAUCCAGUGUAGGUUACAGCCUUUCCAUUCUGCUCAUCACAGUUAUCUUGGACUGAGCAGUUUGGGCCCUUUUUUUGGACCAUUUCUUCCCAUCUCCCUUUCAUUGAAAGUGAAACCUCUAAAGCAGGCAAGUCAGCAGCUUCAGUUACACGUGAGCAAGCACACACACGUUAGAUGAAUUGCAGUGGGGUUUGAGAUUCUUACCUUUCAUAGGAUAACGGACUACAAAGACUUGCAACAUAUGGUUUCAUUUAAAGCCAGUAAAAUUUCAAACAUUGUUUAAUACUGUUUUAGAGAUUUCAGGUCUUAUAAAAUCACAGGUUUGGUUUUUGUUUUGGUUUUUUUUCUGGUCUAAAAUGAAAACAUUUAUAGUAUUGCCCAAUUAAUAGGAAACCCCACAUAAAUGUUGUCAUUACACUUUUUAAAAAUGGCUGCAUGAAGAUAUGAACUGUUUCUCAAAGAGAUGCUUGUGAUUGGACUAUGUUGUACUCGAGCAGAGCAAGGCUGUGCCAAUUACAAACUUGGAGCUCGGCAUUUCCACUGGGGCCUUGGUCUUGCCGGGCUAGACCUGUUAUUCAUGGGUUCAAUUGAUCUUACAAAGAGGAGCCACAAUAGAAAGCUUGAAGCUAUUUAAAAUACUAAAAAGCCGUUGGGGAUGUUCCAUUUAUUAUUAACGGGGUGUUGCAAUCAUUUGUAAACUAAUGAACUUCUAAAGUGAUUGGCACAAGAAAACUCAGUCUUUGAGCAAACUCUCAUACAUCAGAGAGCAAAAAGACAUCACUUGUGAAUAAUCUCAAAGUAAUGUUGCCGGAGUUGUAGCCGUGUUAAAAGACUGAAGGAAACAUACACGUGAUGUGAAUGCUUUUUCUCUUUCUUAGAAAAUGGUAUGAAUUGGUGUAAUGUCUUCAUUUUAUUGCCUUACUUGACCACUUCUAUUUGGUUACUAACAGACCUUUUGUACCCCAGGUUUAAAUUAAAGGUAUGAUUUAAGUAUUAAGCACUUUUUAAAAGAAACCCAGGAGCAGCACAUCUUCGUAUUCCAUACCUGUCAGUUGAAACAUGAAAUGGUUUUUUUCUUAUCAGGCAUUUGCUUUAAGAUCAAAUUUUUAGCUUUGAAAACCACUUCGGAAAGACUUGGCACUACUUCUGAUAUCUUGUUUUUAAUUACCUUUUAGGUUGUAUGUUGUUUGUUCUUCGUUUUAAAUUAAAGGUAGAUGAAGAUGUCCUAGCCUCCUUGUUUAUUUGGUUCUGUUUGUAUAAAGUCCUGCUAUCUUGUUGCUCAGAUAACAGCCUUAAAUGUUAAGGCAGAUCUCUUUUUAAGCAUUUUAAAGUUCCUUAAACCUGAGGCUAAAAUAUUGAAUACAUUAUUGAAUUCUUUAAUACUCAGAUGGAUAACAGGUUGACAGCUGUGCAUUUGGCAUGCUUAGUUUUGGAUUCCAUUUUUCAUUGCAGAAUUAUUUGGCAAUGUAAAGUCAAUUUGUAAACUUGCAUCAAGUUUAUGAAUAA